AGGUGGGUGUGGACAGCGGAGGCACACUGUCCUGGAAACAGAGCAUUGGCCUUGGGGCUCCCCGGCCUCUUGGGAUUUCCAAUGGGAUCUUAGAAGCAGUAGAAGCGAAGCUUAGCUGCCCCUGCGAGGCCAGCUGCAGUUUGAACGCUCCGCCCUGCCCGGUUCUGGACCAAGAAGCCCAAAGCCUCCCUCACCAUCCAUCAGUCCACAGGUCCUCGUUCUUAUCCAGGUGGAUACACAUGGCUCUUCUACGCAAAAUUAAUCAAGUGUUGCUGUUCCUUCUGGUCCUAACCCUUUGUGGGAUUCUGUACAAGAAAGUUCAUAAGACAGCUGUACUCAAGCAUGAAGCAGAUGAUGAAUCUGAGUCCCCUGAGGACAUGGAAGAGGAGAUUCCAGUGGUGAUCUGUGCGGCUGCAGGGAGGAUGGGAGCCACCAUGGCUGCCAUCAACAGCAUCCACAGCAACACUGAUGCUAACAUUGUGUUCUAUGUAGUUGGACUACGGAACACUCUGUCUCGAAUAAGAAAAUGGAUCGAACAUUCUAAACUGAAAGAAAUAAACUUCAAAAUUGUGGAGUUCAACCCUGUAGUCCUCAAGGGGAAGAUUAGACCAGACUCACCGAGGCCUGAGCUGCUACAGCCUCUGAACUUUGUUCGAUUUUAUCUCCCACUACUUAUCCAUCAACAUGAGAAAGUCAUCUAUUUGGACGACGAUGUCAUUGUACAAGGUGACAUCCAGGAACUGUAUGACACCACCUUGGCUCUGGGCCAUGCAGCAGCCUUUUCGGAUGACUGUGAUUUGCCCUCCGCUCAAGACAACAACCGACUUGUAGGACUGCAGAACACAUACAUGGGCUAUCUGGACUACCGGAAGAAGACCAUCAAGGACCUUGGCAUCAGCCCCAGCACCUGCUCAUUCAAUCCUGGUGUGAUUGUCGCCAACAUGACUGAAUGGAAACACCAGCGCAUCACCAAGCAGCUGGAAAAAUGGAUGCAAAAGAAUGUGGAAGAAAACCUGUACAGCAGCUCCCUGGGAGGAGGAGUGGCUACCUCUCCAAUGCUGAUUGUGUUUCACGGGAAGUAUUCCACCAUCAACCCUCUGUGGCACAUAAGGCACCUGGGUGACCAAGGAGGCCAGAAGGCAAUGGAUCCCUUGGAACUGCAAUCACUGGUGGCUGACAACUGCCUGAAGUGGUUCUGAGACCCGAACCCAGUCUACAAGAGCAACAAGUGUUUUUACCCACUGAGCCAUCUCUCCAGCCCUGUUUGCUAUUGGUUUUAUAAGAACUGGGAAAUCCACCACACUCAAUUUUAGGCAGGGAGGUGCUCCUUAGACCCAGAAUAGGAAGAAAACCGUGGUACAGGAGAUGUGAACACACACUGAGAUCCAUUACUAGAGCAUCUGGCUACAGUUUUCUUUCUUCCUGCUCACUGUUCUGUAGACACAGAAAUUGGGAAGGGAAGGGAUGGUAACAAACCUUGUGCGAGCUGUAGGUCAAAUGUGUAUUGCACCUCCUGCACGUCUGUGUUCCGCUCAAUGCCUUUCAGUUGGUCUCUUAGGUCCUUCAGCUUAAUGUAGUAAUGAACCUUGUCCUGGGCUCUUGGAAACUGAGCACAUCUGGCACUGGAAGAUGGCAUGACGUAGCAGAGCUGGGAUCAACAAGUUUUAGAGUUUCAGAGAUUUUUAACACUUGAUUGAAUCUACUCGUACUGUGGUUAGAAAAACUUACCUUUAUUUGGCUUAAUAACUUGAUACUUACAUUAAAAAUGAUGGCUCCCCUCC